UGUACGGCCAGGGCGCCGCCUCCACGACCCGGGACCCCACCCGCGGCGGCCCCGCCUCCGAGAAGCUCGCUCUCCCGGACCCUAGGACCCUCCCCCAUCCUCGCCCUGCCCCCAGCCCAGGGCUCAGGGCCCAGAACCCCUGUGUUUGAGGCCGGGGGCUCCCAGUUUCCUCGCCUCUCUGGCCGUCUUGUUGCGGGCUGCGCCCGCGCCUCCUGCCUUGGUGGCCUCACUCAUCGCUCGCCCAGGCCCCCCGCUGUUGGCCUCCGCCCUGCCUCCCCCCGAGCCGCGCCGCUCCUGCCCAACGGCUCUGCCACAACGCUGACCCUCUGACUCGCCCGCCCUGCGGCCAGGGGUCUUCGCGGGCUUAAACCGGAUACUGUCACUCCCCUUCUGAGCCCUGGGGGCGAGGCUGCGCUGCAGCCCAGGCCCGGCUAAGCCGCGCCCGCCGUCCCCGCGCGAGGCUCGGUCCUCCUCGUGGCCUCGCGCCUGAGGCUCCGCGGCCUGCGCGCCUUCCCGCGCGGCUCCUCCCGGAGCCCGUGCCCGGGGGCCUCGGGCCGCGCUGCGCGCGCUGCGCUACUGACGGGCCUGCCCCGUGGCCGGCGGGGUCAGGGUGGGCCUGGGGGAGGCUUGGGGCGAGGGGCACGGACACGCGUGACUCGGCACCCAGCACGCAGGUGGGGCCGCCGUGACAGUUCGCCGGAGCCUGGGCGCACCGGUCCCCUCCCCCUUCCGCAGGGGCGCCGAGGCCGGCGACCCUCCCCGGGCUCCGGCGGGAGGAGGAGGUGGAGCCGCAACUCGAGCGGAGGGCGGCGCGGGCAGAGCCCCGGGGGGCCCGGGCUUCGGCCCGCCCCGCUGCGUUGGGGCGGGGUUUGGGGCAGCCGGAGGCGGAGGGUCAGAGCCGGAAGCCAAGUCCCGGGAGCCGCCCUUGGCUGUGGCGCCCGCCGGACCUGGGGCCUCUUUCCUGUCCGGGCUCCGCGCGUUCCGGCCCGGGCUCCGCGGCUGCGCCCCCGGCUGGCUCCAGGAGCUGGGCUGCUCCCUGUGGCUCCAAGCGGGGCGGGCAGUGCACGCCCCUGCCUGUGAGGGGUAGCAUUCGGGUCCUGCCCACCGAGGGGUCCAGAGUGACUACGGCAGGUCAUGGGGACUGCACUCGUGUACCACGAGGACAUGACAGCCGCGCGGCUGCUCUGGGACGACCCCGAGUGCGAGAUCGAGUGCCCGGAGCGCCUGACCAUGGCCCUGGAGCGCCUGCAGCAGCGUGGCCUGGAGCAGAGGUGUCUGCGGCUGGCAGCCCGGGAAGCCUCGGAGGCGGAGCUGGGCCUGGUGCACAGCCCGGAGUAUGUGGCCCUGUUGCGGGGGACCCAGGCCUUGGGCACCAGGGAACUCCAGGCUCUGUCUCGACAGUACGAUAGCGUCUACUUCCACCCGAGUACCUUCCACUGUGCCCGGCUGGCUGCAGGGGCGGCACUGCAGCUGGUGGAUGCAGUGCUGGCGGGAGCUGUGCGCAACGGGCUGGCCCUGGUGAGGCCUCCUGGGCAUCACAGCCAGAGGGCCGCCGCCAAUGGCUUCUGCGUGUUCAACAACGUGGCCAUAGCGGCCAGACACGCCCAGCAGAAGCACGGGCUGCACAGGUUUGUGCCAGUCUGGCUGCAGGAAUCCUCAUCGUUGACUGGGACAUCCACCACGGCCAGGGCAUCCAGUAUAUCUUUGAGGACGACCCUGGCGUCCUUUAUUUCUCCUGGCACCGCUAUGAGCAUGGGCGCUUCUGGCCCAACCUUCGAGAGUCAGACGCAGAUGCUGUCGGGCAGGGGCGGGGCCGUGGCUUCACUGUCAACCUGCCUUGGAACCAGGGCCAGCGCUGACACCCCUUGGCCGCAGGUCGGGAUGGGGAAUGCUGACUACGUGGCCGCCUUCCUGCACGUGCUGCUGCCCCUGGCCUUUGAGUUCAACCCUGAGCUGGUCCUAGUGUCUGCAGGAUUUGACUCAGCCAUCGGGGAUCCCGAGGGGCAGAUGCAGGCCACGCCGGAGUGCUUCGCCCACCUCACACAGCUGCUGCAGGUGCUGGCCGGUGGCCGGGUCUGCGCCGUGCUGGAGGGUGGCUACCACCUAGAGUCACUCUCCCAGUCCGUGUGCAUGACGGUGCAAGCGCUGCUGGGCGAUCCCGCCCCACCCCUGUCGGGGCCCCUGGUGCCGCAGGGCAGCGCCCUGGAGUCCAUCCAGAGUGUACGGGCAGCCCACGGCCCCCACUGGACGAGCCUCCAGCAGCAAGGGCAGCGUGGACCGGAACGGCGGGCAGGAUGUGCCUCGGGCACCCCUGCAGUGGCUGUGCCGCUGAACCACCCCCUAGGUGCGGCCCCUGUGCCGAGUCCUAGCACCCGCUCCCCAGAGGGGAGGCCCUCUGCUCUGCUGCCUGGGGCACCCGAAUUCAAGGCAGCAGCGACCCAGACCAUGGCUGCCCUGAGCUCCCUCCUGGACCAGCUGCACCUCAACCCCACACCCCCUGUCCGCACGGCUGUUGCCCUGACUGCGCCAGACGCUGUCCUGGUCCUGACUCCUGAUGUCCUCUGUGAGGAGGGGUCAGCCCCUCAGGAGGAGAUGCAGGCCUGGGCCAGGCUACAUGAGGCUCUGGCCCAGGACAGGGCCCUCACUGCACUCGGAAAGGUCCUGUACCUCGUGGACAGGAUCCUGGAUGGGCAGGUGAGCAGUGGCAUUGCAGCCACCCCAGCCCUUGCUGUGGCUGCCACCCUAGAUGUGGCCAUUCGGUGUGGCCUGUCCCACGGAGCCCAGAGGCUGCUCUGUGUGGCUGUGGGACAACUGGAUCGGCCCCCAGGCCUCGCCGAUGACGGGACGAAUCUAUGGCUGAACAUCGGAGGCAAGGAGGCAGCCGCCCUGUCCAUGUUCCACGUCUCUGUGCCACUGCCAGGGACGACUGGUGGGUUCCUGAGCUGUGUCCUGGCCCUGGUGCUGCCCCUGGCCUACAGCUUCCAGCCUGACCUGGUGCUGGUGGCCCUGGGGCCUGCGCAUGGCCUGCGGGACCCCCAAGCUGCACUCCUGGCUGCCCUGCUUCGGGGCCCAGCAGGAGGCCGCGUCUUGGCCCUCGUGGAGGAGGAAGCCACACCCCGGCUUGCGGUGGUCCUGGCCAGGGGGCUGCACGGAGAGGCACCCCCCAGCCUGGGUCCCUUCUCCACGGCCUCCCCAGAGGACACGCAGGCCCUGGUGCACCUGAGAGGGCAGCUGCAGCCACGGUGGACGAUGCUGCGGGUGGCCGGUGAGGCUGAGGGCCAGGGCGACAGCUGCCUUAGAGCUCUCUGGGGAGAGGGGCUCACGUCCUGGGAAGUGGGGUGCCGCCCCGAACCAGCUCGUAGCCGUGUCCAGCAGUUGUGCACCUCUUCCCAGCUCCCCCUUGAGCGCUGUGACCUGGUAGCUUGACAUGGGCCAGGGUGGGAGUAUUUACACCCCGGAAACGACACUGCGGACCAGUCCCCCAGAACCCGGCGUUCGCCCUCCAGCAGCGCAGCUCCGCGCGAGGCCCCUGUCCGGGGAGCCCGGCUCCGGGGCUCUGCCUCCGCCGCCCCGACGACGCGCCGCUGCGCGCACGGCCCCUCCCUCGCCCCCUCCGCCGCUCCGUCAGUAAACGUCGGUUGAGCGAAAGCCUGACUCCGUCUCCUUUAGUGCGCGCGACUUAGUUGACGCGGUGGGCUCGCGCCCCCGCUGCCCCGCCCGCGGGAACGAGGCGCCAGGCCGGAAGUGCCCGGGCCGGCGGCCUCCGGGCGGGUGACGCACUUCCGGCGCGCUGGCUCCGCAGU